GUAUGGUACUGUUAUCAAAAGUAGUUAAGUCUUGUCGAAUAUAUCCGCCCUAUCUGACCAUACGGGAGAUAAGCGCAACUGUAUCUGGCUUCCGCAAGUAUAAAACUGAUACGGCUAACGCAGAAGUGAGUCGACAGUCUCAAGUUUGUGAUAACUGUAAGAAACCUCGGUACUCCUCAAGAGAGCCUUCAUUACGAAGAAUGAAAUUUAACUACCCAGUUGCAAGAAGAGAUGAAAGUGUAACAGAAGAAUACCACGGAAUAGAGAUAAGUGAUCCUUACCGAUGGCUUGAGGACCCAGAUUCAUCUGAAACAGCUAAAUUUGUUGAUGAACAAAAUGCUGUUACAAGACCCUAUCUUGAUAGUUGCCCAGUGAGAUCAGACAUCAACUCAAGACUUACAGAACUAUGGAACUAUCCAAAGUACUCAUGCCCAUAUAGACAUGGAGAGAGAUAUUUCUUCUAUAUGAAUACUGGACUGCAGAAUCAGAGUGUACUGUAUGUUCAAGAUUCAUUACACUCAGAACCUAGAGUGUUUUUAGACCCCAACACAUUAUCAGAAGAUGGAACAGUUGCAUUAUCUCGAACACGAUUUUCUGAAGAUGGAGAAACAUUAGCAUAUGGACUUAGUAGGAGUGGUUCUGACUGGAUUACAAUACAUUUCAAAGAUGUCAAAAGUGGCAAUGAAUACCCUGAAGUGUUAGAGAAAGUUAAGUUCUCACCAAUGACUUGGACUCACGAUAACAAAGGAAUAUUUUAUGGUCGAUAUCCGGACCAAGAGGGAAAAACUGAUGGUUCAGAAACAGUUAGCAACCAACAUCAGAAGCUCUAUUACCACCUCAUUGGAACUCCUCAGUCAGAAGAUGUGCUUGUAGUAGAAUUUCCUGAUGAACCAUUGUGGAGAAUUGGUGCUGAAGUGAGUGAUUGUGGGCAGUGGUUGAUUAUUACACCUCAGAAGGAUUGCAGAGAUAAUUUGUUAUUUUUCUGUGACCUCGACAUUUUGCCCAAUGGAAAAAUAUCUGGAAAGCUUCCACUGACCCAAGUUGUACAUAAAUUUGAAGCAGAUUAUGAGUAUGUUACAAAUGAAGGGCCAGAAUGUAUUUUUCGCACCAAUAAGGAUGCUCCAAAUUACCGUCUUGUGAAAAUAAAUUUCCUGGAUCCAGUGCAAGAGAAAUGGACAACACUGAUAAAGGAGCAUUCUAAAGAUGUUUUGGACUGGGCUAGUCCUGUAAAUCAAGACAAAUUAGCUGUUUGUUACAUCCAUGAUGUUAAGAGUGUACUACAAUUGCACGAUUUAAAUAAUGGUAGUUUGCUGAAAACAUUUCCCCUUGAUGUGGGCACUGUUACGGGUUAUUCGGGAAAGAAGAAACAUUCAGAGAUGUUUUACCAGUUUACGUCAUUUCUAACCCCUGGAAUUAUAUAUCACUGUGAUCUCACAAAGGAGGAACUAGAACCAUCUGUCUUUAGAGAGAUAAAAUUCCAGGGAUUUGAUCCCAGUCCAUAUGAAACUAAACAAGUAUUUUUUUCAAGCAAAGAUGGCACACAAGUUCCAAUGUUCAUCGUCCAUAAAAAGGGUCUAGUGCAAGAUGGAAGCAAUCCAUGUCUGCUAUAUGGUUAUGGAGGUUUUAAUGUCAGCAUUCAACCGACGUUUAGUGUUACAAGACUGGUGUUCAUUCAGCACUUUGGGGGUAUAUUGGCUGUAGCUAAUAUUAGAGGCGGAGGAGAAUAUGGGGAAGCUUGGCACAAUGCUGGUAGACUUUUCAACAAGCAGAAUGUGUUUGAUGAUUUCCAGUGUGCUGCUGAGUAUCUUAUAAAAGAAAAAUUCACAUCAAGUAACAAACUUACUAUUCAGGGUGGUUCUAAUGGAGGACUUUUAGUAGCAGCAUGUAUAAACCAAAGACCAGAGCUUUUUGGUGCAGCUAUAGCUCAAGUUGGUGUUCUUGAUAUGCUGAGAUUUCAUAAGUUCACAAUUGGUUAUGCGUGGGUGUCAGACUAUGGCAGUUCAGAUGACCAAAAACAUUUUGAAAAUCUGCUUAAAUUUUCACCUCUUCAUAAUGUGAAAGUUCCAGAUGGAGAUGGAACACAGUAUCCAGCCACUCUAUUGUUAACUGCCGAUCAUGAUGACAGAGUUGUUCCUCUCCACUCCCUGAAGUUCAUUGCAACACUACAUCAUGUUCUGCGAGAUGUGAAGAAACAGACAAACCCUUUGCUUAUACGUAUUGAAACAAAAGCAGGACAUGGAGGAGGAAAACCAACAGCCAAACUGAUAGAAGAAAGCACUGAUAUCUUAUGCUUCUUGGUACAAGCACUUGGACUUGAGUUUAAGAAAUGAAGAAUCUGUGGUUCAUCGGGAGAGUAUACUACUGAAAAUGAAGACUAUUUGGAAAGUCCUAUCUGCAGAAGAUCCUUGUGUACUUACAUGCAGAAUUAACCACCAUCACAUCUACCAAGGCCUAAGGAUUUCUGAGAAGCAUUUGAUUAUUGUGUGUGUGUGUGUGUGUGUGUGUGUGUGUGUGUGUGUGUGUGUGUGUGUGUGUGUUCAAUUCUGUUUGUCAUUGUAUGUAUGUACAGUGUCAUUAUUAAUUAUAUUUGACAUGCAAAUAUGCCUCAGAAGGAAAAAAGUUUUUGCCAUGCAUGUGAUGUAUGCUAUAUAUUGCAUUUUUUUUCUGUUGUAUGCUGUUUUUU